AUGGCAUUUAGCUUCAUUUUGGAUCUAUGGAACAAAUGGAACAUCCGAGGCUUUGUCAUACUAAGCCUCUUGAUUCAAGUCUUUCUGAUUCUAUUUGCACCUCUUAGAAAGAAAAUAGCGAACCCCAGCAUCAUUUUUCUCUUAUGGCUAGCCUAUUUAUUGGCUGAUUGGAUAGCUGCAUUCGCCAUCGGGCUCAUUUCUCACAACCAAUGCAAUUCAUCCACUCCUGAUGCCGAAGUAAAUGGAGCACUUCAGGCAUUUUGGGCCUCAUUUCUCUUGUUACAUCUUGGCGGUCUAGACACCAUCACUGCCUUCUCUCAGGAGGAUAGUUCGCUUUGGCGACGGCACUUGCUUAGUUUCAUCUUCCAAGUUAGUGCCACCAUCUAUGUCUUUGUGCAGAUAUUUCCCAACGACAAGUUAUUGGUGAUCCCAAUGAUGCUAGUAUUUCUUGCUGCACUCAUUAAAAAUGUGGGGAGGACAUUGUCACUUAAUCUCUCGAGCCUCCCAAGGGUCAGGGAACGGGUGCUCUUACAUCACCAAUACUCGGAUGCUCCACCAAUCAAAUUGGUUGAAGAUUACAAUGACCUAGAGGUUGAAUAUUCUAAGGGAGAAGAAGCAAAGCUUGCUGAGAGCAUUGUGGUGAAGCAUGCUUACCACUUUUUUAAUACCUUUGAUGUCUUCCUCGCGGAUCUCGUCUACACAAAUGCAGAACGCAAUAGGAGUCACAUAUAUUUCCACAAAGUUUCUACAUUAGAUGCACUAAGGGUUAUAUCAUUCGAACUCCAUUUCUAUUAUGAGAUGCUUCACACAAAAGCAUUGACAAUACAUUCUAAGUGGAGCUACAUUUUUCGCUUCAUAGCCUUUAUUGAUGUUACAAUAGCUUUCACCCUGUUCAAUCACUUGAAGAAGCGUAAAUUCCCUUAUCUCGAUGUGGAAAUUACUUAUUCCCUUCUUUUUGGAGGGGUUGCACUUGAUAUGGUAGCUCUAUUCAUGCUAGUUUUCUCCGAUUGGACUGUUGCCCAUAUCAAUUGGGACAACACAUCACCAUCUAAACUACAUUCAUUUCUUCGCAAGUUUGUAUCUGCCAUGUUAGACCUAAGGAAGCCUCGAUUUGCUUCAUGUAAAGCAAAGCCUAAUGCAAAUGUCACUUACGAGAUCUUAGAUACACCACUAAUAUUUCGAAGGUGGUCAGAAUCCAUCUUCGCUUGCAACCUUUUUUCUGAGAGCUUAAAGGAGAGUCCAAGAAAAAUGCAUAGGCACAAUCAGUGGUGGGGCGUCAUUGCUUGUUCUAAUAUAUGCAAUUUUACAUUCCGUAUAGUUGAGAAGAUCAUCUCUUGUUUCCAUCAAGCUAAUAAAGCAAUCACUAGGGGCUGUGAUCCGAGGAGCUUGGAAGGGAAAAGAUCAAUGAUUAUGAGUAUGAAGUACGUGUCCAAGAAUCCCUUUAUGAUGAAGUUAUGGAUCUUUAUCUUUGAGGAAGUGAAACGUAAAUCCAAGAAUGUUCAUGAACUAAUGGAUGUGCAGGAGAUAGUUGAAUCUAGAGGUGCUCUAUUUAUCGAAACGGGCCGGGGAUUCGAUGGUUGCAAUCUUUUAAAUUAUGUCACCGGGGCUAAUUACGAUGCUACUAUUUUACAGUGGCAUAUUGCUACUGAAAUAUGGUACAACAAAGAUAAAGUCACAGCAAAAUCUGACGAAAGGGAAUUCAGCAAGAUCCUUUCUGACUAUAUGUUUUAUCUUUUGCUUAAUCAGCCUAAUGUGAUGUCUGCCGUGGCGGGCAUUGCCCAAAUUACAUCAAUGCAGAUGUUUCUCGAGAUACGCUCGCAUAUCAAUGAUGACAAAAUGGAUGUAGAGGGUCUAUGCAGUAGAUUGUUCGACGAGGCUGAGGACUCGUGUGCCCCCCAUUCGACCGAAACCCACAAAUGGAGAAUCCCACUCAAGGGGGGGAUCAAUUUGGCCCAGGAGAUGGAAAGCCUCGGAGAAAUGAAGUGGAAGGUGAUGAGCGGAGUGUGGGUCGAGAUAUUGUCAUAUGCAGCAAGUCAUAUUAAGGGAGAGGCACACAUGCAGGUGCUGAGCAAAGGUGGAGAGCUUCUUACCUUCGUUUGGCUCUUGAUGAUUCAUUUUGGUUGUUUCUACACACCUGAAUUUGGCAUAUGUUAUGAAUCCUGGUGGUCGUCCUUAGUGAUACAAUCAUCGUGA